UCUCGGCUGCUGACUUUCGGGCUGCUGUUACGAUGGCUAUCUAGUUGCAUGUAGGUAUGGCCCCGCAACGUUUCUGUGUGGCCUCCGUGAGUCUGCAGCCGCUCUCGGCGGCCAAACCGGACGGACCAGCUGCGCUAUGCUUCAAUUGGCAGCGCGCGCCCUCGACGCAAUUGCUUGCAUUCAUCAGCGCGCCACUCAGCGCUCAAUUUGCUGAAUCUGGGUCAGCCAGCGGACCCGGCGAUGCGCCAUGGGGCAGCGCCGCGCGAGGCAGCGCCAAGCAGCGCGACGAGCACCAGUGGGGCGGACGGAGCGCUGCCAGCGGCGCCGAGGCCGCGUCGGCGAGCGGCGCUAGCGACGCCGGCGCCGCAGCGGGGGCUCCGUCCGGACGGCAGACGUCGGCGUCAGCGCCGGACGCCGGCGACGGCCCGCGUGCCCGGUUCCCGCCGUGGAAGCAGCUGGGGAUAGCGCCACCCAAGCUGCCGGGUGCCUCCACGAAUAGGCACGUGCUGGCAGAGCAGGGCACAGUGGACGACGCUGGCGGCAUAGUGGUAGAGUCCUGCGCGGGCCGCCGCCGCCGCGUGUACAUGCCGCGCAACCACACCGGGCCGUUGCCGCCAGUGCCAACCUCUGCUGGGGCAGCAGAGGCAGGAGGAGCAGCAGGGGCAGGAGGAGCAGGGGGAGGGAAAGGAGGCGGUGCGGCUGCUGCAGCAACGGCGGCGGCGACGGCGGCGGCGGCGGAAUGGGAGGGUUUUGAGAUUGUGGACGAGCGGCAGACGCAUGAGGACCACCUGCGCUCGCUCGUACAUUCGUACCUGCUGCCUAACGGUUUUCCGGACUCGGUGGCGCCGCAGUACGCGCCGUACAUGGCGUGGCGCGGCGUGCAGUACUUCUUCGGAGGCGCCAUCAGCGUGUUCACCACGCAGUCGCUGCUGGGCGCGCUGGGUGUGGCGGGGCGCUACAGCGGCGAGGCGGCGGCCGCCAUCAACUGGGUGAUCAAGGACGGCGCGGGGCGGCUGGGGCGGCUGCUGUUCGCGCGCUGGGGCCGCGAGCUGGACUGCGAGCUCAAGCAGUUCAGACUCAUGGGCGACCUGCUGAUGGAGGCGGGUGCGGCGCUGGAGCUGGCCACCAUCUACGCCCCGCCCGCCUUCCUGCCGCUGGCCUGCACCGCCAACCUGUCCAAGAACCUGGCGGCGGUGGCGGCCAGCAGCACACGCGCGCCCAUCUACCGCACCUUCGCGCUGCAGAACAACCUGGCAGACAUCACGGCCAAGGGCGAGUCGGUCGCCAACCUGGCAGACAUCCUGGGCACUGUGGCCGGCAUUGCGCUAUCGCGCAUGAAGUGGCCGCGCAUGGCCACCUUCGGAUUCCUGUCGGCAGGCUACCUGGUGGCGUCCCGCAAGGAGGUGGACAGUGUGGAGCUGCCCUACAUGAACCGGGCCAGGCUGGCCUACGCCGCCCGGCAGUACCUCACAGGCGGGCAGGUGCCUGGUGUGGCCGAGGCCAACCACCACGAGCCGCUGCUGCCCUGGGGCCGCUACAACCAGGGCCGCCUGGUGCUGGGCGCCUCGGUGGAGGCCGCCUGCGCCGCGCCCGCCGACCUGCUCACGGCGGCGGCGGCGUUCCGGGAGGGGCCCUACCUGGUCACAUACAGGCCUGACACCAAGAAGGCGUAUGUGCUGCUGCGGGACGGCGCCACCAACCUGGACUGCCUCAAGGCCUCCUUCUUCGGCCACGUGUUCCUGCACAUCCUGGACGGCCACCACCUCGACGCACACGCCCUGCCGCUGCCCGCCGGCUUCAGGCAGGGCCUGGCCGACACGCCCAGCACCGCACAGCUCGCCGACUUCGCCUCGGUCACCACCGUCUGCAGCGGCAGUAGCAGCCGCAGCUGCGGCGCCAGCAGUAGCAGUAGCAGCAGCAGGCGUAACGGCGGCGCGGGCGCGGGCGGGUCAGGGCCGGCGGCGGCAGGGUGCGCGGCGGGGAGCCCUGGUGCCGCCGCCGCCGCCGGUGCGAGUGCGGAUGAGCGGUGGCGGGCGGCGCUGCUGCGGACGCAGGCGGUGGUGUCGGCGUUGUACCCGGAUUUCUUGGCUCAGGCGGAGCGCAAUGGCUGGAAGCUGCAGCAGACGAUGCUCAACCCCAAGGAGAAUCGGCUGCUCAAGCUGAGCGUGCCGCUGCAGACUCUGUGAUCAGGAUGGGUAUCUGCACGGGUUCGAGUCCAUGUGGCCCACUAACUUACUCCUGGUGCCAUGGACGGAUGGUGGGUCUUGGAUCCUUGGUGGUGCAGCAGCGGCAGGCUGCGCCGUUAGCCGUUUGGCAGCUUCUAUGCGGCGCGGUGGUGUGGUACCUUGCAGGAUGGCUUGGCAGACGGCAGGUGUUAUGAACGCACGCAAAAGAACGCCCGUAUUCGCCUCCACCGAGUGUAGAAGGCAGGGGUCGAGCUCUACUGCAGUCCCGGUGUGGUUCAUCUGCUGCCGGCAGUAGGUGCAGUGGCGGCGUCUGGAUAGGCCUGGCGAAGUGGUAACGAGAGCUCUAACGAGCAUGAUUGACGUGUGGCGAGCUUGGGCGCUAACGCGACUUUACAGGGCGCGUGGGUGGGUGCACGGCAACAGGUCGGUUUGGGGCAACCACGCGAGGCCUGAUUCUGCCGUGAAGUUUGCCGUACGGCCUGGUGGGGGCCUGACUGCUUGGACUAUCCCGGGGAAGCGACAGACUGCAGAAGAGCGGGCACCGGACUGUGACCGAACUAGGACCUCUGGUGGCGGGACCACGAGUAAUAGUGCAAGGGGUAAGAACUGGCUGCCCGAAACCUGCAGUACGGUAUGCAAGUUCUCGUGUAACCUGUAGACUGGCGUA